AUGGCGCCCCCGACCAACCGACAAGAGAUCCUGGCCAACCUGCGCGAUCAGAUCGCCCAAGGCCGGCCCAUCGUCGGCGCCGGCGCUGGGAUUGGCCUCUCCGCCAAGUUCAUCGAAGCCGGCGGCGGAGAUUUGAUCAUCAUCUACAACAGCGGCCGCUUCCGCAUGGCCGGCCGAGGAUCUCUCUCCGGACUCAUGCCGUACGGCAACGCCAACGACGUUGUCCUCGACAUGGCCAAAGAGGUCCUCCCCGUCGUCAGCCACACCCCCGUCAUCGCCGGCGUCUGCGGCACCGACCCCUUCCUGCACACCAACCACUUCCUCCGGCAGCUGCGCGACCUCGGCUUCGCCGGCGUGCAAAACUUCCCGACCGUCGGGCUCAUCGACGGCCAGUUCCGCGCCAACCUCGAGGAGACGGGCAUGUCGUACGACCUCGAGGUCGACAUGGUGCGCGCCGCCCACGCGCUGGACCUGCUCACCACCCCCUACGUCUUCACCGUCGACGAGGCCCAGAAGAUGACCACGGCCGGCGCCGACGUCCUCGUCGCCCACAUGGGCCUCACCACCUCCGGCUCCAUCGGCGCCGCCUCGGGCAAGACGCUGGACGAGUGCGUCCAGCUGAUCCAGCAGAUUCGUGACGCGGCGGUGGCCAUCCGUCCGGAUAUCCUGGUGCUCUGCCACGGGGGGCCGAUCGCGGCGCCGGAGGACGCGGCGUACGUGCUGGAGAGGACGAGGGGCGUGCACGGCUUCUAUGGCGCGAGCUCCAUGGAGCGGUUGCCGGUCGAGGAGGCUAUCACCAACAUCACGAAAAGCUUCAAGGGGCUGCGGCCAAGUGCCACAUAG